CAAGGAAGGAGGGAGAGAUGUAGUUUAUGGGAGAGUGAGAGAUUUGGUUACACUCUAACUCUGAGAGAGAGAGAGAGAGAGAUGUCCUAGCACCUUGAGCAGCUUGAGCACUGUGAUUGGUUUAUCCUGUAAAGCCCAGCCCCAUUCCCAGUCUCCUGAGUCACUAUACAGCACAGGCUGAGAUUGGUUCUGUGUCUGAAUGAGAAAGGACCUAACAAAAGCGAGUUACCUGUGAGCUGCAGAAGUUAUCAUGCUGCUGCAUAUGUUCCUUAUCCUUCAUCUUCAGGUGCUCGUCAUGGCAUCUUCAUCCUCCUCUGAGGAAGAUGGGAGCAGCGAGAGGGAUGACGAACACAGUAAAGGUUCUUCUCAUCAGCACCAGUGGGGUUACCAUGAUCAGGACACAUGGUCAUCUGCAUUUGAACACUGCAGUGGAAAGUCUCAGUCUCCAAUCGACAUAGGCACUCAUAAGGUUUUCUAUGACCCCAGACUUCCUCCGAUUAAACUGGAGGGAUACGAUCUCACCGGCUCACCCGCUCUAACACUCAUCAACAAUGGACACACGUUACAACUGAGCCUGCCGAGCAGCAUGCGUAUCAUGAGGGGAUUCGAUCAUGUUUAUGUCGCAGCCCAGCUUCACUUUCACUGGGGAACUACAGAAGUCCCUGGUUCAGAGCACACCAUAGAUAACGUACAUUUCCCUGCCGAGAUCCACGUGGUUCAUUAUAACUCCAAAUACGCAAAUCUCACUGAGGCUGCUAGUAAAGCUGAUGGAUUGGCAGUGUUAGGAGGAUUCAUUGGUAUUGGCCUGCAUGAAAAUGACAACUAUGAAAAGAUCUUGUCUGCUUUAACAGACAUCAGCAUAGAGGAGUCAAACACUGAGAUUCCUGGUUUUAAUGUGCGCCAUCUUCUGCCAAACAGCCUGGAGAGGUUUUAUAGGUACAAUGGGUCCCUGACGACCCCUCCAUGUUUUCAGACGGUCAGCUGGACACUGUUCAAUGACUCGAUCAGAGUGUCAAGAAGACAGCUAGCGGCAUUGGAGGACACGUUAAAAACCGAACACAACAAGCUUCUGUCCAAAAAUUUCAGAGCACCACAACUUCUGCAUGGGAGAAAAGUGCUGGCAUCUUUCCACACAGUAUCUUCUAUGGGAAAACCCAGAGAAGCUCUCCAGCCUGAAACACAAGACAGCAAUGUAAAGAAAACUAGUGGAGGCGAAUGGCACAUUCUGGCCAUUACGUUUGGCGUUCUCUUCGCCAUCACAUUUCUGGUGUUCUCCAUGUACACAUAUCAGCAGAAGAAAAAGUACUCAAAGUUUAAAAAAGACUCCAAGCAAAAUGUUAUUUAUAAACCAGCUUCCAUAGCAAAAGACAUAGAUCAAACCUCUGUUACUAUAACGUGAGCCACAUUUAUACUGAAACUUUUUGGUCUUGCUUGUUUGUUGAGGAAAGAGUCUUGAAAGUGAGAUUUUGGAAUGAAUUUCCCAAGCAAAAUAUGGUUUGCAAAUUAGCAGAAGCAAUUGUCUGUGAUUAAUCUUUAAGGUGUUUAAAAUUAUGUUGUAUAGUUGUAGGUAUGUUGUAUGUCACUAUGUGUCAGGAUAUUUUUAUAAACACUUAAAAUAAAGGUUCUAAAAGGUUUUCGCAGUGAUGCCAAAGAAGAACCAUUUUCGGUUCCCCAAA